AUGAAAGUAGUCAGGAAGUAUGGAAAAGCGUCAGGCCAAUGCAUUAAUUUUGAGAAGUCCUCAUUACUCUUUGGUAAGAGGAUCGCGGUGAAUGAUAGACAACAAAUCAAAGACACUCUCGGGAAUCAGAGUGAAGCGGGAAUAGGAAAGUACAUGGGAAUACCAGAGGAUAUUAGCGGAUCCAAGUGCAGGCUUUUCGCUUUCCUAAAAGAAAAACUAUUACAUCGAGUGAACGGUUGGACAGGUAGAUGGCUAUCGAAAGGAGGAAAGGAAGUUCUGAUCAAAUCUAUUCUCUUAGCUCUUCCCACAUACGUAAUGUCAAGCUUCUUACUCCCUUUGGAGAUUUGUGAGAACCUUGCAAGUGCCAUUGCACAGUUUUGGUGGAGUUCAAACCCGCCAAAAAGAGGGAUUCACUGGGCUAAAUGGGAAAAGAUGUGUGCUCCUAGAGAGGAGGGUGGAGUGGGAUUCCGCAUGAUCCAUGAAUUUAAUUUAACACUGCUAGCGAAACAACUCUGGCGCCUUGUUCAGUAUCCGGAUUCAUUAGUAGCGAGAGUCCUUAAAGGGAAAUAUUACUGCCUCAGUUCGCCCUUGCGAAUUGCUGCGGUGGAUAACCCAUCCUACGUGUGGACGAGUAUUUCAGCAGCGAAGAAGCUUUUGCUUUUGGAUAUUAGGAGUAAAGUGCACUCAGGAUAUGAAAUCAAUGUAUGGCAGGAUCCGUGGAUUCCUUCGACGCCAGCUAGGCCGGCCCGUCCUAGGGUACGAGUCGUAAAUCCAAAAAUGCUUGUAAGUAGCCUUAUGAACUCGGAACAAAAGUAA